AAGUGGAACUUCACGCGUUGCAGAGUUAUCUAUCUCGUAUUGAUCGAAGAAUCAAAACCGAAACUGAGAAAAAAAUAAGCACCCGAGAUUCUUCCUUGUUUCGUGUCUCAAACACAGUUUUGGUUUUCGUUAGCGCUUUUCUUUGUCUCUCUCUUGUUGUCAGCCUCAAUCUACCAUGAUUGGAGGUAAAGAUCUUCUUCCCAAUGGUGUUGACUACUCUGAGGGUGAGAACUCAAAGCAGAGUUUUGUUCAUGGCAAGGAUCACCCACAAGAGAAAAAACUGAAUAAUAGCACAAUUCUCAAAGAUUCAGAGGUGUGUGUUGAUGGAUUUAAGUCAAUACCCGCAAAAGUUGGAGCUUGUGGGUUGCAAGAGUUGACCCUGAGCUACCUCUGUGAUUACCCCAAAUUGGGUCUUGUUCAGAAAGAGGUUGCUGCUAGAAAAGGCAAAGAGGUUGUGGUUUGUGAGAAUUCAAAUGAAGAUGAGAAAUGGGUAGAGAGGGAUUUCUUGAGUUUAAGUGAAACUAAGGAGAAUUCUUCAAAGAGAUCCAUUGGGGAAGAUUGUGAAAGGGAAAAAGAUAGAGGCAACAACAAGAAGCAGAAGCUCGAAACUCUUAAUCUCUCUCUUGCUUUGCCUGAUGUGUCACUCUCUCUCACAGCCUCAAACGCUCUACAAAAUGGUGACCGACCAAUUAGGCCAAAGGCUAGUAAGCGACCAACCACCACACUGAAUUCAUGUUCAAAUGAUUACACAGCAGCUUCUUUAUCUUACUCUUAUUCUCACCCCUUCUCACACAACCCAAGUUGCUCCCUCACCCGCAAUUCAACUGAGAACUUUGAGUAUUCUGUGAGCAAGGAUGACCAAAUCUGGUAUUGUGGGGAGGGGACUAAUGGGUCAGUUCAUAGUAGGUUCAAGCCAAUAGGAGAUGGUGUUGCUUUGGCAAAUCAUUCAUUUAUGCAAGGGAAUAUUCAGCAUAAAACUGCUAGUUCAGAUAACCAAUCCCUUUUCCCUUCAGAAUUGCCUGCAAGACCAGGAUUUGAGACUCAUUCAGAGGGUUCAAGGGGAAAGAAUUCUGAGAGAGGCUUGGAAGGUGUGGUGGGUGGUGUGAAAACGAUGAAGCCUUCUACAUCAGAGAGAAUUCUAAGAGAAAUAGUUUCUGAGUCUAUCCCAGCCAUGGCAAUGACAUUUAAAGAGUUCUCCUAUGAAGUCAUAGCAUCAAUUAAGGAACACUUGAAGAGUCUCUUUGAAAUUCCUGAGAAGAAAGAGGAGUUAGUGAACCUACAGAACCGGCUUGAGCGAAGAUCUGACCUCACCAAAGGGACUCUCUCAAAGUGUCACAAAGAGCAGUUGGAGAUUUUGGUUGCUAUCAAGAUGGGCCUUGCAAGUUUCUUGUCUGCUAAGUUGCAAUUCUCUGAGAUGGUACAAGUUUUCUUGUACAUGAGAUGUAGAAAUGUGAACUGCAAGAGCUUGCUUCCUGUUGAUGAUUGUGACUGCAAGAUUUGCUCAGGGAAUAAGGGGUUUUGCAGUUCUUGCAUGUGUCCAAUUUGUUUGAACUUUGAUUGUGCGAGUAACACUUGUAGUUGGGUGGGUUGUGAUGUUUGUUUCCACUGGUGUCAUGCCGCUUGUGGCAUUCAGAGGAAUCUAAUCAAACCUGGUCCUAGCUUGAAGGGUCCUUUGGGGACCUCUGAGAUGCAGUUUCAUUGUAUUGGCUGUGGACAUGCUUCCGAAAUGUUUGGGUUUGUUAAGGAUGUUUUCAUGUGUUGUGCCAAGGACUGGGGCUUAGAAACCUUAAUCAAAGAGCUCGACUAUGUAAGAAGGAUUUUCAAGGGAAGUGAAGAUUGCAAAGGGAAGGAAUUGCAUAUUAAAACCGAUGAUAUGCUGUUAAAGCUUCAAGCUAAACUGGUGUCCCCUUCGGAUGCCUGCAAUUACAUCAUGCAGUUUUUCAGCUAUGCGGAUGGCAUGUCAGAAAUUCCUGCAUGUGGUAAAUCCUCAAAGGAUUUGUCAACAGCUAAGGCUAACCAUACAAUGGACAGAACAUGUCUCUCACAAUCUGCUUCUCUGAUAGCAAAAUACACUAAUGAUGACAUGAGCUACUCUAAGUCAAAUGAUCACCAACAGAAGGACCUCAAAACCUCAUUAAGUGAACUUAAAAAUGAGAAUGAUUUGCAAUUGUUAAGGAAAGGUGGUGUUGAAAGCUUGGAGUGCAUGGUGCGAAUAAAAGAGGCCGAAGCCAGAAUGUUCCAAACGAAAGCAGAUGAGGCAAGGAAAGAGGCAGAAGGGUUCCAAAGGAUGAUAAAGACAAAGGCUGCACAGAUGGAAGAAGAGUAUGCUGAAAGGCUUGGAAAGCUUUGCUUCCAUGAGGCCCAGGAAAUGAGAAAGAAGAAGCUUCAGGAAUUCAAUGUCUUAAAAGAUUCUCACUUUGAUUACUUCAACAUGAAAAGUAGAAUGCAAGAUGAGGUUGGUGGUUUGCUCAAGAGAAUGGAAUUGGAAGCAACCAAGCAGCAGUGGGUUUAGUACAUUUUGUUGUUUUUUUAUGUUUUUCUUUCUACGACUUUAGUAUAAUGUGUGCAAUUUAUUGAUCCAUUGCCAUUUGUGUUCUGUCCUUUUCUUAUUCAGAAUUUAUAUAUUAAUUUAAGUAAUUAAUAAUAGUAAAAUUUUAUUAAUUACUAUAUUUUAAAGUUUU